CGAGCUCUGACCUCUCAUCUCUGGGAAGAAGAAUUGUAAAGGUCUCUCUCUCUCUCUCUCUCUCUCUCUCUCUCUCUCUAGAGUUUAGACAGAGAAAGAAACGCGAUGGUGUUCUACUUCAAAGCCCGACCGGAGGCCGGCGACUACACCAUUUUCAUGGGUCUUGACAAGUACGAGAACGAAGAGCUCAUCAAGUAUGGCUUCCCCGAAGACAUUUGGUUUCAUGUGGAUAAAAUGUCGUCUGCCCAUGUUUAUGUUAGACUGCAAAAAGGACAAACUAUUGAUGAUAUAAGCGAAGGUGUAUUGGAGGAUUGCGCUCAGCUUGUCAAAGCUAAUUCCAUCCAAGGUAACAAGGUUAACAAUAUUGAUGUUGUUUACACUCCGUGGUCCAAUUUGAAGAAAACUGCCUCUAUGGAUGUUGGUCAAGUUGGUUUCCACAAUUCGAAGAUGGUUCGAACCGUGAAGGUGGAGAAGCGGAUUAACGAGAUAGUUAAUCGGCUGAACAGGACAAAGGUGGAAAGGAAACCUGAUCUGAAAGCUGAGCGAGAAGCAGUCGGUGCUGCAGAAAGAGCAGAGAGAAAACAGCAUCUGAGAGAGAAAAAACGACGCGAAGAGAUGGAAAGACUUGAAAAGGAGAGACAGUUAGAACUGAGGAGCUACAAAGGAUUGAUGGUUUCCGAAAAUAUGACAUCUAACAAGCAGAUAGCGGCGACGAGCAAGUCCCUGCAGGAACUGGAAGAGGACUUCAUGUGAGAAUUUUGUUUGUUUUCAUGGGAAGAGGCCAUAGCAGCCCCGAUAACCAGUGUCUGUCAUUAAGUUUGUGAUUCUAGGGCAAGAAUUUGUCCCGUCCCAGCCUGUUCUGAAUCUGUUAACCUGUUAAAACGGUAAAAGUGUUUGCAGCAUCAAGGCAGGAAAAGGGACUUGUCAAAAAAAAAAGGAGGAGAUAUUUAUUUUUGUUCUUGUGAUUGGAUGAUGAUGAUAAAGGAUAAUGGGUCAUAACCCGUGCUUGUCAAAUUUGUCAACGGAGAUUGGGCCAUAUAUGUUAUAUGUUUUUAGUUUAUAUC